AUGGAACAAAGGAAACACAAGAAAAAAGUGGAUGACCAGGAAAAUGGCCAAGGGAAGAGACAUGUGCUUCCUUCAAAUAAUUCUUCUUCAAGUAUAAGAGACUGUGGGGUAGUAGCAUGUAAACUCCUGACUGCAGAGGGGAGUGAGGCUCUCAAAUCUGUUCAGGGCAUUUUCAUAGGUCUUUUGGAGAGACUUGUUGAAGAAACUGCCAGUGACGGGGAAACCAGUUUAGGUAGGGGAUUUCUGCGAAGGCAGGAUCUCAGUCUGCCCAAUGGCACACCUGUAGACACUUCUAGCCCAGCCUCCUCAUCCUCACUUCUCAACAGAUUGCAGUUGGAUGAUGACCUAGAUGGGGAAACUAGAGACCUUUUCGUCACAGUUGAUGAUCCUAAAAAACAUGUCUGCACGAUGGAGACCUACAUCACAUACAGGGUUACUACAAAGACCACAAGGGCAGAGUUUGAUUUGCCAGAAUACUCGGUACGCCGGCGGUAUCAGGAUUUUGAUUGGUUGAAGAAUAAGCUGGAAGAAUCGCAGCCCACCCAUCUCAUUCCCCCUCUUCCUGAAAAGUUUGUUGUGAAAGGAGUUGUUGACAGAUUUUCUGAAGAAUUUGUGGAAACAAGGAGAAAAGCUUUAGAUAAAUUCUUGAAAAGAAUUGCAGAUCAUCCAGUGCUUUCCUUUAAUGAGCACUUCAAUGUGUUUCUCACAGCCAAGGAUCUUAAUGCCUACAAAAAGCAAGGAAUGGCACUGCUCUCCAAGAUGGGAGAGUCGGUCAAAUAUGUCACAGGAGGCUAUAAACUAAGAAGUCGACCACUGGAGUUUGCAGCCAUGGGAGAAUAUCUAGAUAUAUUUGCUCUAAAGCUUGGAACAAUUGACCGAAUAGCACAGCGGAUUAUCAAGGAGCAGUUGGAAUACUUGGUGGAACUAAGAGAGUAUGGACCAGUUUACUCAACUUGGGGUGGGUUGGAGGUGGAGCUAGGAGAACCCUUGGAAGGUGUGUCUGCCUGCAUCGGCAAUUGCUGUACAGCACUUGAGGAACUAAGUGAAGACAUGACAGAGGACUUCCUGCCUGUACUCCGGGAGUACAUCUUGUACUCGGAGUCCAUGAAGAAUGUGUUGAAGAAGAGAGACCAAGUUCAUGCAGAGUAUGAAGCAAAAUUGGAAGCUGUGGCCUUGAAAAAAGAAGACCGUCCAAAGGUGCCAACAGAUGUGGAAAAAUGUCAGGACCGUGUAGAAUGCUUCAAUGCUGACCUGAAAGCAGACAUGGAGAGAUGGCAGAACAGCAAACGCCAAGACUUCAGGCAGCUGCUUAUGGGAAUGGCAGACAAAAACAUCCAGUACUAUGAGAAGUGCCUUACGGCGUGGGAAUCAAUUAUACCACUAUUACAAGACAAGCCAGAGACCAAAUAAGAAGCCCCUUCAUGGACCCUUCUAGCCACAUAUGUGCAUAGUACCACUAAAUGACAUACUGGAACUAUCCAAUGCACUACUUUGUUGUGAUAAAUGCCAGCUGUGCUCAGCUUGGAACAGACCCAUUGAAAGCAGUUUUUGACUUUCCUCAUCUGUUUGUAUUUAAACUGGUGUUUCAUCUUUUGAGUUACCUUGAACGGUUCCUUUUCCUUCCUAUGGUAUGAUCCUGGGAUCGUAAUGGAAAUUCACAGGGAUUUUGAUAAAGAAAACUUACCUCUUUUUUUCCUGGAAGGAACUAAUGAGUGGAACACUAAAAAGAUGAAAAUAAAACUCUACUGCAAGGUGCCAAUAUGACAUCUUUAUUACCAUCCUCUUGUUUCAUAAAUAACAGUUAAUUCUUAUGAAACAGUGCUCCUCAACCACUCCUUAUAACUUUUUUUUUGAUGCAGAGGUAAUGGUUGGGAGGGGAGGCCUUUUUGGCUACUGUCUGAAUUCCCUAUGGAUUAAGCAGUCCUAGAGCUGAACUCCUCAUGGGGGAGUUGAGCUGGUCCUAGAGAGACUAUACUGACACCUCCUGCAGAAAGCUUGUGAUGCAAGCAUGAACUGUGGCUUGUGUGUGGCAUGCUGUUGGUUCAUCUUGAAUAUCCAUGCUCACUUGUUUACCUUGGUGACAUGAAGUAAUGUUUAUGUGGGACAGGUUUAGGGAUCAAAGGAGAGUGGAAGUGAAUUUAUGCUGUCUCCUAUCCAGUGCAAACAGACAGGUGUUUACUUGCAGUUCUGUCUCCAAAGCUAGCUCAAAAAGGGUAUGUUUAUUUUUUUGUAUGCUUUAACUUUGGAAGUGUCUAAGCAGAAUCCAGUGUUCUUCUGGCCUGAGUUGGUCGAGCUUUCCACUGUAGUAAGGAUGGAUUCUUGCAUUCUCACCUCCUUUCUUUCUUUCAGCAGCCAAAAGAUAUAUCAAGUGCUUGCUUCUAUACCAAGUAUUGUGCAUGUGUGAAACUGGCCUUUAAAGAUGUUGAGGUGGGAGGAAUAGUAAGUUAAAUACCCCCAUGUUGCAUAUUCACCUCCUGUUUGGUGUUGGUGGCCUUCAUACCUUCCAAAGGAAGGAAUACUGCCAAGACUAAUUACAGAUUAUCUGAUCUGGCAGUGCAUGAAGAAUCUCAGUAUUUUGCACCUUUUUUUUACCCAUAGCAAUCUGGGGGGCUUGUCUGUUUGCCAAAACAUUGGUGUAACAUCAGGCUUUGAAUAAGAGCAAAAUUUCUGCCUUUCUUGGCUGUUUGCCCCGUAGUUUUGAUAGGAAUUAUCACUUAAACCCAGGGAAUCCCAAAUUUUACUAAAUCAAAGCAAUUUUGCUAGUUGCCUUUUUCAGUUAGAUAUUGGGGUGCAGGGGAAAGGCACAAUAUCUAACUUUUUUUUUUAAAUGCUAUUCUCCCAUAAAACAAUUAGUUGAGCAGCAGUUCUGAUGAGCCAACAAAGGCUUUUCUAAACAAGAACAUGGUUAAGGGGGGGAUGGAUCUGUCAGUAGCUGAAUAAACUUAAUCAACUUUUCAUUCCAUUUCUUGUUUUCAAGUUUGUUAGAAAAAUGGAGCAAAUAGUCUUGUAGUUGCAGUGUGUCUGGUCUCAAUUUUGUCAUAAUGGCUUAAAAGGUACUAUUGGCAAAGGACACUGCAGCCUUUAAGUAAAGAUUAUGGUACCAAGGUGGUGUGGUGUUCCACUUAAAAGUGUAGGUAAGAAUUUCACUUUCUUCAAAGGCAGUGGGAUUUUUGUAAAGGCAUUUUGGGCUUGGUACCUUUAGAGUUGAGCACGUAACUUUACAGCCAAGCAAAAUGAUUAUAUAAAUCAAUGUCUGAAGUGGCAAGAACCUUUUAAAACUUUGGAAGGGAAGUUCUGAGCUGUCACUGGAGGUGGCUGCAGCUUAUCAAUAGAUGCAAGCAUUGCUCGGUUUACUUGCUUGUUUUUCUACCCUGCCCCCCUUUCCAAAC